AUGGAACAGGAUGGUAUACCUCCCGUUAUUAUCACAUCCGAGGUGGAUACUCGCGAGGAUGCGCUGAGAUACGAUGUUCUCCGCGGUCGUCUUGUCGAACUCGUCUUAUGCAAUGAAUUUGGUAUCAUGUAUGGAGAUACAGGUCAAACUCUAACAUCAGCCCCGUUAGAUAUUGCAGAAAAAUCCUUAUUACAUUCAGUUAUUCUAUUGUCACAACGUAUGCCAAGACCAUCAGCAUUACCACCGCUAACCAGAGCACUUUAUUACCGAUUUCUCAGAAACGUUCCCAUCCUUUUCGGUCACGACGAACAUUUUCUAGCAUCUUUAGAUGACUUUGUCGAAUCUCACUUUAUUACGUUCGUUGGAAAGUGGAUGCGAGCUACAAAGUUCGAUAUUCUUUCGUUUUCAAUACACUAUAUCAAACUGUUCUCACAUUUAAAAAACGAGGCGUGGUAUGGUUACGAUUCUCAUUCUUUUACAUCGCUAAAUCCUUCAUAUGCUCAAAAACCACUUCACAUUCCGACAACGAUCUAUCCAGAAAUGAUGACGUGUUAUCGUGCAGCAUUACCAGACGGUGGUACGUUUCAACUUACUAAACGUCGGAUAGCAGAUAGAGAAAUGAAUGCAGAAACUUUGCAAAAACUUCGGCAAAGUAAACAAAUGGGUUUUGUUAAUGCAUGGCGCGAAGUUUUUCGAGCUGCAACACAUCUUAUCCGAUACUUAACUAAAAAUGACAGUGAUGGAACGGGUCAAUAUAAUUAUUUGGACAGAUUUUGGAAAGUGCUGAAGGCGAGUCCUGAAGUACAUGACUUGCCUGAUAUUUUUGCAAAUGUUGUUGAGGCUGUUAUCAAAGCCCUGACUUAUACAAUUGAUAAUAUUCUGGACGAUGAAGACUGGCGUAAAACAGCAUUGGCUUUAUGGAAAUGGUUACCUAUCAAUACGAUACUCACCGCUCUACGUAUUUUUAAUCCAAUUUCUUUCAUGGAUCGCAUCAUCAAUGUUUUCUGCUGGCGAGGAUGGGGUAUGAAUUCUCUCCUUCAACGUAUGGGUUCAACAGUUUGCUCGUAUGAUCGAACAAUAGCGCAUAUUAAAGUUUUGCGUAGAACAUUAGCAUCUUCAAACCGUUACGCAAUAGAACGAGCCGUAGAUGUUGCAUUCAAAAACUUAAAGCAAACCAAUGCCAUCAGUUGUCCCAUUUCAUCGCAAGACUCAAACGCAAAAAUUCAGUCUCUCCUCCUCGAUUCAGACAAAAAACAGUUCCCGAACGAAGCAAUCAUUCAAGAAACGGACAUAGUAUAUGCAAGGACCUAUAUCCGUAAAAAAGAAAAAGAGGACUUUAUAGAAGCACUUGGUGAUACUCACACCAUCAAUUUCAUAAAAAACGUUUGUCACACUAUUACCCCUCUACUAGCAGAAAUCUCAGAGUGCAUUGAUUUUGCAUCGUUCGUAGCUACGUUAGCAGAGACAGUCAACAGCAUCCUGCCAGCUUUAUCGAUCUAUGACCAGUGCGGAAACGACCCAGAAAAGCUAUUAGAAGUUUAUCUGUCAGUUAUAUCCAAUAUUGAGUCCACUGUACGAACAUUGGUCAUAACUGCAUAUCCAAUGGUCUACUCUAUUGCAAAUCGAGAGCAAAACAGUGAUAGGCCAGGUUUUCAAGACUUAAUUAACAAACUCAUUCACAGUAUUCUAAAUCCCUCGGAAGGAAAGAUAGCAAUCCUGGACCUAUUCAGAGAUGUAACACCCGAAGUAUUUUGUCUCUUGUCUUCAUCAUCGCCACUUAGUGACCAAUUGCAAGUGGAUAUCGAUACAUUGAUCGAAUACAUGAAGACAGGAGUUGACGCAGAAAAAUUUAAAAGAAUGAGUGUACUGGAAGGAGAAGUCUUAAGACGGUUCACGAAACAAGUAAUUGAAGAAUUUACUGGUGAGACAGCUUUGAAAAUGCUUGACGACGAAAGAUUGACAAAUGAAGUAGGGUCGAUUGUCGGUUGA